CUGGUGGCUAGUAUGGUUGCCCAUUGAACCGUUGAGGGAUUUGUGUCUGUGUCUUCAUGAUGACUUUGGAGGGCUCCGAGAGUCUUUCUGUUGCUUCUCUCACCUCUGUUCUUUUGCCCGUCUCUCCGUGAGCUGCGAGCUCCGUCCGCCGCGGGAUAAUAAUGCUUCCUUACUCUAGAUCUAUACUUGCGGCCUGUCGGACGGUGGGCCAAUUCACAGGGCAAUGCGCACCAUCUAUUGGAACAGCUCUCCGAUACGGUCAACUGCAAUCCCGCAGAACGGUCACCAAAGUCGCCGCAGCCGCUAGAAAUCCCCAAUCCGACUUGAAAGGGGUUCAGAACACGAAGAACGAUGUCGUCGCCUUAUUAUCCAAACAAGUCCGUCUCUUGAUGAGACGAGUUCCUUACCCUGUCGCCAUCAUCACGGCCACCGAUCCCAACGGUCCGGCAGAUAAGGCCUUCCGCGGAAUGACCGUCUCCUCCUUUAACACCGUUACCCUCAGUCCGGAACCCGUCAUAUCGUUCAACGUGCGCCGGCCCUCCGAGACGCUCAGCGCGCUUCAAUCGUCGAAGCGCUUCCUUGUACACCUCCUCGCUCCCCGACAGACAACCGCUACCCUUGCACGAGACUUCUCCAAGGGCAACCACAAUUUGUCACUCUUGGAGGGGAAGAGUGAAUAUGAGUUCGUUGCGCACGAACAUUCCCUUCGUGGUGAUGAGACUUCCGGGAGACCUCUUCCGUUGUUGCAGAGGAAGCAGGAUGCUACGACCACAGGGUCGGAAGACUUUCCAUUCGUACUGGAGUGUCAGCUCCACCCGCAAAGUAUCCAGGUCCAGGACCACACGAUCGUCGUGGGAACUGUUGUUCGAGCGCUUUCAGGAGAGCUGUUGAGCCUUGACUCCGAGACAAAGGCUGGAGACCUUUGCCUGACGUACGCAAAUACUCACUUCUGGGAAAUGGGCCACGAGAUAUGAAAGACGGCUUUCAGAAUCCGUGGUCACUCAAGCCUUUCUCCCCUUAUAUUACCCGAUGCUCUAGAUACGGGCCAUACACAUUAUACUGUUAAAGUGCCGGUAGCCUCUCAAGGAGUUACGUUACCUCUGUAUAUUACGCAUACUCGAUAUCCUGGGCUUCAGCUGAAUCUCGCAAACACUAUCUCCAUUACAUGUACAUAG